AUGGCCAUCUUGGACUCCGAGAAGCUCCCGAGAGGGCUCCGCAUGCCAUCUCUAUCUGCGAUGAAGAGCAAGAAAGCCCUGCAAAAGAAAGCACCCCCAAUGCCUGAACCACCCGCUCAGGAGCCGGCCCCUUCUCCCCCGUCUGCAUUCCCUCCCCGAAACAAUGGCCCCUCAGGGUCACUUGAACAGCCUAUCCAGCUCCCAGCGCCAUCGGGCCCAUUACCUGAUCUCCCAACCUUCUCCGCGAGCCAAAAGUCAGCCGAUAGGCCUCCGGUCGAUCGGCCGCCGAUGAAUCGCCAUGACCAGGGCUACGUCGAGAUACCCAGGCCGGUCCGGAUGCCAGGGAAACCCCCAAUCAGCACGGCAACGUCACCUCCCGAAGGAGAAGAGCCCUUAGAGGAUUUCAUUCCCGAUCCAGAAUACUCCAGUCCCCAGUUAGAUACGGAUAUUCCCUCGCCGCGGGAGCAAGUCGAGCCAGACCCAGAACCGUUGACGCCCCCAGAGAUGGUUGAAAUAGCCGCUCCUUUGGCUAAAGUACAUUUCGCCUGCUACCAAGAUCACCGCUCGAUGCCCAUAUCUCGCAACGCGUGGUAUUCGACUCCUUGCAUGGCCUGCCACAAACAGGACCGGGAAAUCAGACACCGUUGUGUCUUCUGCUCUCUGCGCAUCUGUUCCGGCUGCUUUGAGACGCUUCAGAAAUGCCAAAAUCGGUCGCUGGCACAGCUUGUUGAAUCUCUUCAGUAG